AUGAGAUAAAUAGUAACUUUUCUAACUCUGUUAGCAGGCUGCUCUUAAGCUGGAUUUCUACAGGAUUACAGCUUGAAGUAGUUAUUAGAAAUUAUAAAUAGACAGGGUUAACCACCUACACCUCAAUCCAGAUAUAAGGUUCCUCAAGAAUGCUAUUCUGCUAUCUUUAGAUGGAAAAAAGGUCCCCCAAAUUAUAAGGAUAUUUUAAACAAGGGGGAGGAAUGGACUGAUGCAAGUUUCCCACCUGAAUCUAGCUCAAUAAGAUGGCCCGAUAAAUCUGACAAUGAUAUGCUUAGUGCAGCUAGUGUUGCUACUUGGAAAAGGCUGCAGAAAUUAUAUCCAUUCGGCACAAUGUUUGGAACUGAAGGGUGCGAUCAUGAUAUAGCUUAAGGAUCAGUUGGAGACUGUUACUAUUUAGCAGGUGUAGGAUCUAUAUCUCAAAAUUCCACAAAUAUUGAGAAAAUUUUUAUAAAUCCUGAGAGAAACAAUGCUGGUCUCUUUGCUGUAAAUGUCUGGGUCAGGGGUAUACCCUCAGUUAUUGUUGUUGAUGACUGGUUCCCAUAUAUGACUUCCUAUAGAGGACUUUUCGGUGCAAAGGCCGGACUGGAUGAAUCACUCUGGGGACCAAUACUUGAGAAAGUAUGGGCUAAACUUAAUGGUAAUUAUGAAAACAUUAACGGAGGUAUGAUGAAUGAACCCUACAAGCUUCUAAGUAAUGUUAAGACCAAGUCUUAUAAAAUGGUUAAUGUCAACACAACAGUACUGUGGCAACUAAUUUCAGACGCAAGAUCUAAAAAUUUCCUUAUUUCAACUUGGACUGAAGGAGGAAAUGAUUAAUAAAAGUGCAACUAUUCUAUACCAUGUGGCCAUGCCUUUACAUUAUAUCAAGCCAAAGAACUUACGAAUACAGUCACUAAUGUUAAGUAUCAUAUUUACUAAGUAAAAAAUCCAUGGAGAAGCGAUGCCGAUUACAGUGGUUCUUGGAGAGACAACUCAACAAUGUGGUCAAUCGAUGGCAACACCUUCGCAUAACAAGUAAAUCUUACUUAAAGUAAUGAUGGUUAUUACUGGUUGAACGAAACUGAAAUGUUAGAUGGAUUUGCUGGAUUUUAAAUUUCACCUUAUUUUUCAUCUUGGACACAUUCAUGGUUUAACAAGGAAGAUGAUGAUGGUCUUAAAUCAACCUAUUUAAUAUCCUUGAACUAAACUACACCUAUGACAAUCACAAUUGAUCUCUAUGAUAGAAGAAUGUUUGCUUAUGGUUGCAAAACUUUAAAUACAGUUGCUAAAAUUAAGAUCAAGUAAGGUACUGUUACAAUAGCUUAAUCUACUUUUUGGGAUUAUUGGGAAGGUGGCUGGAUUGAUUAUACAACUACUCCGUUGGCAGCUGGUAACUAUUCCAUAGAAGUCACAAUAGAAUGGCAAUUUAAGGAUUUAAGAGAUUACACUUUGACAAUCUACGCUCCAUAUUAGAUUGCUAUUAUUGACAAUUCAACCAAGCUACAAAGUCAAAGAGAAAAACAUGAUCUAAAGUUCACUCCCACUUCCCAAAAAUGGAACAAUAAGGUUAUGAACUAAAGAGUCUAGGCGCCAACUUAAGAAUAUACCUUCACUGGCAACUUAACAGCUGAUUUAAUUGGAGCUAGAAAUUCAACUGGAUUAGGUUACAAAGGAGCUGAUUGGUACUAUAGUUUUAACAAGACAGUUGCCUACAACUCAACUAGAGACGAGUUAGUAUACUAUAUAGGGACAAAUAACACCUUCAUUGAAAUAAACAUCACUAUCUCUGUUUGGACAUUGAAUACUCAGUUUGAGUUUACUGGUAACAAAGCAAGUUAAUGCAAGCUGAGUAAACCUGGGUAUUGGGAAUUCCUUGAGUGCAACUGCAUUUUGAAUGCAUACAAAGGCAACAAUGAAUGUGGAAUUUCAAUGAUUGGUGUGAAAGGAGGGCUAGUUCCUUAUUUUGCACUUAAUAAAUAUGGCUCAAUAUGA